AUUGUUCUCCUUGGAGAGCGGAAUGCGCUUUUCCCCCCCCAAAGCACGCACACGGAGAAAAUGAAAGGGCCGCUCCGUUCUCCUUAAUUGCCACUCGACUGGGGGUUCGAAAGGGCACGCAGGAUCGUAAAGAUCUAGAGAGAUGGCGACGGCAUUGUCGUGCAGGGACGGAGGUAUCUACUUCAGGCUAGAUGGGAAGGGAUCGAAUGACGACGGGAAUCAGUGGGACGACGGCGCCGGGGGUGAGGUGAGGGAGAUUUGCAUAUGCCACGGACCGAUCGUCUACUCCAUUCAAACCACCUACGAGCGCCAAGGCACCCUUCUCUGCUCUCGCCGUCACGGCGGCACCGACGGCAACUUCGACUUCAUUUCCUUGAGUAGUCCUCUCACCUGGGUGAGUGGGCAUUAUAGCUCAUGGUGCUGGGAUCCCGAUUUGUUAUUCCCUGAUGAGGAGGAGGAACCCUAUAACUUCUGCAAGGUUAUAAGGUCGCUUAAGUUUGGCACCGCCGACGGAGCUACCUACGGUCCGUACGGCAGGGAGAUCGGCGAGCCCUUCGACUUCCGAUGCAGCACUGGCAUCGCCGGCUUCCAUGGCCGCGACGAUUCUUUCCACCUCAAUGCCAUCGGCGUGUACGUGAAGAGCGCGGCGAAGGGCGUCAUUGACGACGCUACGCUCAUCAGCAGGGGAGCUUCUGCGGAUGUGAAUAGCAGCGGCACUUUGCCGUUGAGCAGCAGCAGCAGUAAGCUGCUGGACGAACCGAAAGCGUAAGCCAGCAGGAAAGUUAGCGUUUAGAAAUCCAUCCAGGGGCAUAUACAUACCUAUACGGAAAUUUAGUAAUGCAGUCUUAACGUAUGUAUAUAUAUAUAUAUAUAUAUAUAUAUAUAUAUAUAUAUAUAUAGUCCAUCUCUUCUCCUUUGUGUUUGAUAAUGUACUGGUAUUAUUAAACUGUAGUAAUGGAGUCAUGCAACUGGAGUUUCUGUUGAGCG